AUGUACCGUGGUAACGGGCCGGUCCACUGUUCCAGUGCGGGUGCACGGCCCAAGGCACAGGAGGAUUGCUGCGUCGUUUUCGAGCUGUCUAUGAUCAUCGUGUCUCAGUUCGUGUCACAAUGGAACACGGUGUACGGGAGUACAGCGGGGCCGCUAAACGGCCGCGGGUCUUUUGUUUACGGAUUUGGAACCGAGUCACGUCUCGGUCCCGCCGCGAUCGACGAUACGGCGACACACGGAACGAGUGUGUUCAUAAGCGUCGAGUGGACGGGGUCCCAUUUGCUCGGUAGCCACGCUGCUGGCCCCAGAAACGACCCGAGA